AUGUCCCUUCUCACUCACCUGUUGGCGUGUCUGUUCGGGAUGGGCUCCUGGGUCUCCAUCAACGGCCUGUGGGUGGAGCUGCCCCUCAUUGUCCCACAGAUCCCAGAGGGAUGGUACCUGCCCUCUUACCUCUCCGUCCUCAUCCAGAUGGCCAACGUUGGGCCUCUCUUCGUCACUCUGAUGCAUCGCUUCCGGCCCGGCGCCCUGAAUGAGACCGCUGUCAUAUAUGUGAUCAUCGGCCUGGGUACCGUGGCGAGCUUCCUGAUGGCUUUCUUCUGGAAGGAGACUGUUGUUGUCGCCGGUCUUCCUCGCAGCGUAGCCCUCUUGGUCUUAACUUUCUUCCUCUCUGCUGUUGACUGCACUUCCUCCGUCACCUUCCUGCCCUUCAUGAUGCGUCUCAAGCCCCAGUACCUGACCACCUACUACAUAGGGGAGGGUGUGAGUGGCCUGCUGCCUGCUCUAGUGGCUUUGAUCCAGGGUGUUGGGGUGAUGCACUGCAUAAACAGCACACAGUCUCUGAACCACACCCUGAACACCUCCAACAGUGCUUUGACCUAUGACCUCCAGGCCCAGUAUCAGCCGGCCAACUUCUCAGCGGAGGUGUUUUUCUUCUUCCUCAGUGCGAUGAUGCUGGUGUGCUUGGUGGCGUUCCUGCUGCUGAACUACCACCCAUCUGUGGCCAGGGAGCAUCCCAACGGUCGAUACACCAACAGGGUGAAAGAGAAAUCGCAGAAAAACAGGAAGUGGGCCGAGCAGAAGCCCAUGAUGGAUCCGUACAGACCUGCGAACCAGAAGCAGAGAAGCAGCUUUGGCACUGGCUCUUACAGCUGGAUGCAGGUGUUUUAUAUCUUUGUGAUCCUGGCCUGGGCGAAUGCUCUGACCAACGUGGUGCUUCCCUCAGUGCAGUCCUACUCAUGCAUGCCAUACGGGAACAAUGCCUAUCACCUAUCAGCCACCAUGGCUGCUGUGUCAAACCCGCUCGCCUGCUUCAUUGCCAUGUUCUUCCCUAUAAGAUCCCUGCUGUUGAUGGGAGCUCUCACAGUGACAGGCAGUGGAGUUGGAGCUUAUAUAAUGGCCAUGGCGGUGCUAAGUCCAUGUCCACUGCUGGUUAAUGAAACCACAGGUGGUGUCAUCAUUGUGCUGGCCUGGAUCCUCUUUGUUCUCACUCUGUCCUAUGUGAAGGUGAUCAUCGGGGUGAUCCUGCGUGACGAAGGCCACAGUGCUCUCGUGUGGUGUGGAGCCGUAGUGCAGCUGGGCUCCCUGCUGGGAGCUGUGACCAUGUUUCCAGUGGUCAGUGUGUAUAGCUACUUCUCAUCAGGGGACCCAUGCAACACAAAAUGUCCCUAAAUGAAGACUGGAGGCAGAUACAGUGAGGGCUCGACAGGCGUCACAUCAGUGUUCUGUGGAUAUUAAGGAGGAAGCCUGUUGAUUUAUUCACUUUGCAACAUCUGAAUCAUUUCCACUUGUUACAAGAAAAGCAAACCACAAAGAUACAUAAAUACAACAUAUAAGCUAGUUGUAACCUUACUGAUCAUCAAACUUUGCACAUGUGGAAGUGGUGAAUUUAUGUAAUAGAUACAGUUUGGGUUGUAUAAAUCUACCCUGACAGCUGUAUGUGUGCAGUGGCAAUUAUUAGGGAUAAAGCAACUUAUUGCCUCUUUUGUUACAUACUUUUUCCUUGAAUUGACAAAUAAGCAUCACUCACUUAUGAGUGCUUGCCUUCAGGUCUUAGAUUUGUUUAUUUGAUUGUUUAUUCUGCUUAAGGUGUUGUGUGCCUUUCUGUUUAUAUUGAGAGUAAAAAUAUCGGACUAGUACAGUUUGUAGACAAAUUUAUUUAAGUUUAAAUUAAUGUUUGUAAUAUAAUAAUUCUGCAAUCACAUUCAUGUUUUUUUUUUUUACAUUGGCUUUAAUCAUAUUGUUUACUAUGUGGUGUCGCAUUACACUAUAAAGACAUAAUCCCAUUUACGCACCUGUUGUCUUUAUGUUGACCUGACUGGACACAAACUGGACAAUCAGGUAACAGAUGAUCUCUUUUUAGAAUGCAACAUUGACCACUUUUGUCUUUCUUUGAAUAAAUAAAGUC